AGGCCGCAGAAAAAAAACUGAAAAAUUAAAAAAAAAGUUGAAAAAAAACCUACAAUUUUUCGUCAGAUAUCAAAAACUAACGUGGAAAAUUUGGAUUUUUUUUGGUAAAUUAAAAAAUAAAAUACGAACAAUAAUUACGAAAUAGUGUAACAGUGUGAAAUUGUAGAAUUGAACUAUUAAAUACAAAGAAUAGAAAGAAGAAUAUUCUGUGGAGAACUCGUAAAUUAUAACAUUGCAUAUUUUAUUAAUUUUCAAGCAUUUUUGUUUUGUGUUGUUCAUUGUCGUAAUAAAACAAACUAAAUUAUUAAAAUGAGUUCCACUGAAGAAACUAGCCAAGCUACCACUCCUCAAGAUGGACCCGAAGAUCAGUCCAAUGCCCGAGAAUUGGAACAGAUUGAAGAAGAGAAACUAAAAUCGAAAUAUCCUGUAGGUCUACGUGGCCCUGGCGGUCAUACUGCUUUCUUGCAAAAGAGAUUACAAAAAGGGCAAAAAUAUUUCGAUUCUGGUGAUUAUCAAAUGGCCAAACAAAAAGGUGGCGGCGUCAAGCAGGUCUUUGCCAAUAAAGUAACAACCGGCGAUGCCAUACCCACACCAGAAUCAGUGCCUGCGCGUAAAACUUCGAUUAUACAACCCUGUAAUAAAUUUCCUGCGACGAGUUAAGUUGUUUAUUUAAUCCUACUUCUAAACUAACUUCUUUACUCACUUCUACUAAUAUUAUUUAAACAAAAAAAGAAAA